UACCAUUCUGAGACACACCCCCCCCCCCUCAAACGAGCCCCAAUUCAUCAGAGCUGGGGGUACCCCUAGAAAAAACAUACCGCGCCAACCAUACCCUCUCCCCACGCAGAGCCCAGACCUCGAUCUGAGGCGGAGAGAACCGGGGCCCCCCCUUCCCGACAUGGGGGCGCACCAGGACCCCGGAGGAGAAGAGGGGACCCCGAUACCCACCAGCGCCCCGACCUCGACCGCUUCCGGUCUCGCCGGCACGGGGGCCAGCCGCGGCCUUGGCUCCCGGGGGGGAGACCCCGCCGUUUCGUCGACGUCGCCCCCCGAUUCGUCCUGCAGCCUCCCGGCCUUGAACCCCGGUCCCGGGGGCCGCGGGGGGUCCAGCUCGGAAUCAGAAAACGAUUUGGAAAUUUACGACCCUUUCUGUCCGACAGACGAGAGAGAGAUGGAGGAGGAGGAGGAGGAGGAGAGGGGGCAGAAGUACGACCCGUUUGAUCCCACGGGAUCUAAUCCAAGCUCUCCUGGCGAUUUGGACUCCGGUAAUCGCCCCAAGGGUCAGGACUGCCGUAGCGACAGCAGCUGCCCAAGCCCGGGUAGCGACAGCAGCAACACUGCAGAUGAGAGAGGAGGAGGAGAGGUGGAGGAGGAGCGAGGGGGAGAAGGAGGCGCGAGAGAGAGGGAGGAGGAGGAGGAGAGGAACAGAGGGACGUGCGAGAAAAGCAAGCCGGAUUCGACCGCCCACAUCGAGACGGAGGAAAUCAGAAAACAGACUCCGGCGAAAAAAACUGGCCGGUUCUCCUUCUCUUUCCCUUCGUCCUCCUCCACCUCCUCAUCCCUCCUUCAGAGGAGAGCAGGAGGGAGCGAGGGAGCCCGAGAGAGACGCCCGCCGGCCGUCCGGCUCCCCUGGAAGUGGAGCGGGGAAUCGGAGUCCGAGGUCGAGGAAGGAGAAAUCGUUCAGGACGAGGAAUUGACCAGGACCGCCGCGGCGAAGAGGAGACCGCUGCUCCCCCUCCCUCCCCCUCCUCCUCCUCACAGACUGACCGCCACGAUUCGACAGCAGCCGUCCCAGUACAGGACUGGGAACCAGUACCAGAACCAGCCCCACCUUCUCCUCCCCCCCUCCUCUCCCUCUCUCUCGUCCUCUGCCGCUGUUGCCAAACCUUUCAGGAAUCUGAAAGGCGAGAGGGUUAUCAGAAUGAUGGAUGGUGAUCUGAUCUCCGUUCACACGGAGAAGGGAGGGGAGGACCCGUGUUUCCUCGCCCCCUCAGUCCCCCCCCACGCUGGCACCUGCACCCCCCCCGCGAAAGACACUUUCUGGGGACCCCCGGCCGUCACCCCCCAGCCCCCGCCCCCGGGGGUCCCCCCCCCCCCACCCUCUUCCCUCCCCCAGAGAGGCGAAAGCGGCAAGCGAAAGGAACCAGAAACGAAGGCAGAGCAAGAGAAGAGAGCGAGGAAGGAGGGAGAGAGAGGCAGGAAAGAGAAGCAGAGAAAGAAGAGCGAGAGGGGGAAGGUGGAGAGGGAGGGGGAGAGGAGGAGGAGGAGGAGGAGCGAUAGCAGGAAGAGGCGGAGCAGGGGGGAGAGGGAGGGUCGAGAUCGCCAGUCCCGAUCCAGAGACUCUCUCGUGGGCAGGCAGCGUCGCUCGGUCUCCUGGUCCUCCCGGGAAGGGGAGGAGGAGAGAAGGAGGAAGAGGAGGGAGAGGGAGGAGGAGGAGGAGAGAGGGAAGGGACUGAAGGAGAGGAGCAGGAAGAGGAGGCGGGAGGGAGAGGGGAGGAAAGAGAACCGAGUUUCUAGCAAGACGAGAAGCCGCAGUUCAAACAGCAGUAGCAGGAGAGAGGGGGAGAGGAGGAGGGAGGGGAGGAGGGAUCGAGAGAGGGGGAGGGAGAGGGAAGUGGGUCCGGUGGUCCCGCCCUCGAUUCAGGACCUCAACGGGUCGGACCUGUUCGCCAUCAAGCGCACCAUCACCGUGACGACAACCACGACCACCACCGUGCCUCAGGCUAAACCAUCCCCCGGAAACGAGGGCAGGAAGCGGGAGGAGAGGGAGCGGGGAGGGAAGACAACUACGGCCACACCUGCGGCCAGGAAAGAACGGAGGGAGAGAGGAGGAGGAGGAGGGGGGGAGGAAGAGGAGGGUGUCAACAGCGAGGGAAAGAGGGUUAGGAAAAUGAAGAGGACGAAGAUGAAGAAGAAGAGGUUGAGGAGGAGGAGGACGAAGCAGGGAAGAGAGGAGACCAGCCAGGGCUAUACUUCCUCCUCUUCCUCCUCCUCCUCCUCCUCCUCCUUCUCUUCCUGCACUGCCGCCUCUUCGUCCAGUCGCUGUUUUUCCCAGGACCCGCGGCCGCCCCGCUCCCUGCCUUUCGACUCCCUCUCUGAGGGGGAGAGAGGAGGGGCAGGAGGAAGAGAGGAGAGGCAGGAAAUUCUCUCCUUGGACGGGGAAGAGAUGUCCGAUUACUGCUGCCGACCGGAAGAGGGCGAAGGAGAGGGCCGGGGUUCGGGGAAACCGGAGGCGCAGGCCGGCGCUUCGAAACGAGGGGACCCCCUGAGCCUGGGCAAGCGCCGCCGCCCCAAAACCAAGAAACGGGCCCCCGGGGAGCCCCCGAAACGGGCCGGCUCCCUGGGAGAAGCCGGCAAGAGCAAAAGGGAGAAGAACCCGGAGAGGAGCGGGAAGGCGAGGAAGCCGGUCGGACGCAGGUCCGGCAAGCUGCAGUCCAAAGUGUCGGUUCUGAUCCGGGAAGGGGUGAGCAGCACCACGGCGGGGGCCGCCCUGGGAGGCAAGCCGUCGGGUUCGGGGGUGCUGGGCGGGUGCAAGGAUGCGGAGAGCUCCAUCGCAGUUCUCUUCUGCCGAGAUAAAGAAAGCCGUUCUCCCUUCAUGAAGCCUCGCGGGACGGGCGUCGCCGGGGGCGGGAAGGUCCCGUCGGGAGAGGAGCGGGGCAAGGCCGGCGGGGGGGGCGGGAGGAAGCCUGCCUCUUCGUCGUCCCGCCCCAAGUCGGUCGCCGCGGGAAUGAAGCCCGCCCUCGCCAAAACGAAAAAGACAAAAGCUUCGAUCCCUCCUCCCGUUCCUCUCCUCCCUCCUCCUCUCGUCGCCAAGGAGCAUGCGCUUCGAAAGGAGGAACGAGGGAGAGGUGAAAGAGGAAGGACGGCCGGCUGGCAGGAAGAGCGGAGGAGGGAGGAGCAGCAGCAGGAGCAGGUCUCUCUCUCUCAGUAUUUGAAGAAGCUCAACACCCAGGAGAGGGCAGUGGAGGAGGUGAAGCUGUCAAUCAAACCUUACUACCAGAGAAAGGAAAUCACGAAGGAGGAGUACAAGGGGAUCCUGAGAAAGGCCGUCCACAAAAUCUGUCACAGUCGCACAGGAGAGAUCAAUCCAGUGAAGGUUAAUAAUCUGGUGAAGCUUUAUGUCCAGCGAUACAAAUAUUUCAGGAAGCACGGCCGGACGAUGGACCAGGGGGAGCGGGGGAGCGGGGGGGAGCAGACAUAGGGGACCCCCUGAACCCCUGGACACCCGGACCCCCGACCCCUACCGACCUGACACAGACACAGACAGACAGAGAGAGAGAGACACAUAUACUUGUACUUGUGUGAGAUGAAUAUAAACAUAUAUUGAUCAGAAUGUAUUUGAAGAUGGGAGGAGAGGAGAGGAGUGGGGAGGAAAGAGGGAGAGGAGGAGGAGGUGGGGUGAGA